GCGCGCUUAAUGCCCGCGCUUCUCAGCAACAGCCGCUGCAUAUUUGGCCACGCGAUCAGUGCAACGCUUGGGGUGUUCGCUCCAAUCGCGGCUUGGCGACAUUUCAGCAUUUAGUUGCAUCGCGUCCAUUGCCAGUGAAUUUAGGGUUGCUGUCAUUAGCAGCGCCCACAAGGCAGAAAGAAAUCUCAGGUUUAAGUCGUUGUUUUGAAUUUGUUUGCUGUUCGUGUUUCGAGUUUUUGUGUGAUGUUUUUUUUUUUUGCACCAAAUAGUACUUGCAAUAUAAGGCACAUAAUUUGUACGAUUACUGUAUUGUUGUUUUUAUUGUUGGUCGCGAGUUCUUUGUGCGCUCCAUAACGUACGUCGCGCAUGCGCUUAUUGUUUUUGGUAUUUUUUUAAGCAUAAUUUACGAUUUUUCGGUUCGGUUUUAAUACGAUCGUUCAUAGCGUUUAGUGCCGUUGCUAUUAUUGAUGUAGUCGUCGCCGUCCUCCGCGUAAGUUGUAUUUUUGAGUUUUGAAUUACCGAGCCAGCCAAGAGGUUUGUGCGCAACACAAUUGCAACUGUGUGAUAGGCAUCAAAUGCUGCAGUUCUAAAGGAGCUGAGGUCCGUCUGCCCGCUUGCCUGCCUGCCUGUCUUUCAGCCUUUUGCUUGAAUCGCGAAGUUCGACCGACCGCUGCAGCUUCCCGCGCAUACGAAUAUUACCGUUAUCAUUGUCGUUGGCUCGUUCGCCGCAACUGCUGCACUCACCGCCGUCCUUUCACAAAGUUAGUAUGCCGGACAGCGACAACACUGCUUCAACUCCAGCAGCACUUUGAGAUGGAUCCAAAGAGCUUAGCUAAAUCUUGUGCCAUGAAGGAGAAGAGUAAAAAUGCCGCUCGCACCAGACGUGAAAAGGAAAAUGCGGAAUUCUUCGAAUUGGCCAAAUUACUACCACUACCAAGUGCAAUUACAUCACAGUUGGACAAAGCGUCCAUCAUAAGAUUAACAACAUCGUAUCUGAAAAUGCGUCAAGUCUUUCCCGAUGGUUUGGGCGAGGCGUGGGGCACUUCAACGGCAAUGCAACGAGGUUCUAUCAAAGAGCUUGGAUCACAUUUGCUGCAAACAUUGGAUGGUUUCAUAUUUGUUGUGGCACCGGAUGGCAAAAUUAUGUACAUCUCGGAAACGGCAUCCGUGCAGUUAGGUUUAAGUCAGGUUGAGCUUACUGGAAACUCGAUAUUUGAAUAUAUUCAUACCCACGAUCAGGAGGAGAUGAAUGCGAUACUCUCACUACAUCCUUACAUGUAUCAAAAUCCAGAUGCAUUUAUUAAUUCAUUGCAUCUAACACAGAGCGGCAAUCCACCCACCGGUAAUGCGACCGUCAUUGGCAGCCCGAACGGCAGUUACGGCAGUGAUCGGGGUUCGCAUACGAUUGAAAUACAAAAAUCCUUCUUCCUGCGCAUGAAGUGUGUGUUGGCGAAACGCAAUGCUGGACUCACAACGUCAGGAUAUAAGGUCAUCCACUGUUCUGGCUAUCUGAAAGCGCGUAUAUUUCCUGAUUAUGGCGACGGUCAUGGGGGUUGUAUACAAAAUCUGGGUCUCGUUGCUGUUGGUCAUUCCCUGCCUUCGUCUGCGAUAACGGAAAUUAAACUUCAUACAAAUAUGUUUAUGUUUCGUGCGUGUAUGGAUUUGAAGCUGAUAUUUCUGGAUGCGAGGGUAUCCCAACUUACUGGAUAUGAGCCUCAAGACCUCAUUGAAAAAACGCUCUAUCAAUACAUACACGUUACGGACAUUGGACCAAUGAGCUGUGCCCACAACAUACUGAUAUAUAAAGGACAAGUCACCACCAAAUACUAUCGGUUUCUGACGAAGGGCGGCGGCUGGGUCUGGGUGCAAUCGUAUGCCACAGUGGUGCACAAUACACGCUCAUCGCGCACACACUGUAUUGUCAGUGUGAAUUAUGUCCUGAGUGAACAAGAGGCCAAAGACUUGAUUCUCAAUGAAAUCCAAACGGGUGUGGUUAAGUGUGAGCCAAUCACCGCCUCGGCUGCACUGACGCCAUCUUUGCAUGCGGUACAUGCGGCUGCUACCGUCACACAUCCGGCGCUUAGCAAUGGCAUUGCAGCAGGCGCAUCACCAAGUUGCGCAGGACUCAGAGUCAGUCCUAAACUGGACCCGUGUUACGAGAGUGCCGGCGUUCAUCUACCACCCAAUGUGCUCACACCAGUGCUAACUGGCGGCAGCAGCAGCAGCGGCGGUGGCGGCGGCGCCGGCCACAGCAAUAACAAUAACAACAAUAAUGCCUAUAUGCCUGGACAUCUAAUGCAUGCGCAACAUUCGCAUCCACAUCUGCAUGCACACCCGCAUGCCAACGCACACCCAUCACAGCCACACGUGCAUCCGCAUCACCUGCAUCACGUGCAUACGCAUGCACACGCUCACGAAGUACCGCCGCCACCACCGCAUACGCAACAUGACAACCUCAGUUAUACGCCGCUCUUCCCGCCGAUCAACGAUCUCGUCGUCAGCUCGUCAUCGGGCAGCGCGCUCGCGCAUGAAAUACAAUACCCGGAUACAACGACCGGUGGCGGUGGCGGGUACUACGGUGGCAGCAGUGCUGGCACCACCAACAACAAUAAUAAUUCUGGCAGCGAGCAUUACUACUAUGAUGCAGCAGUGGAUGUUUCGUCGGCGUCAACGUCAGCAUCAGUGGCACUGAAUCGGCCGUACUCCGCAAAUUCCAACAGCUGCUCGAGCAGUUCGGAAAGUGAUCGACAAAUGUCUACGGGCAACGCUUCGAUAGUGAAUGGCACCUCCCCGCAAACGACGUACAGCGAGUUGAGUCACACAUUCGAACUGCAUUAUUUGUCGGACAGCAGUUCGCACCAACAGGCAGUUAUGGUGGGUCCUGCGUCAGUGCAACAGCAGCAACAGCAACAUCACCUACAACACAUGGAACAUCAUCCGCAUACGCAUCAUCACCAACAACAUCAACUACAGCAGCAACAAGCUUUGGCGAGCAGUCAUGUCGCAGCGCUGCAACAGGCGCCACCUCAGCCACAGUCACAGUCAACGCAAAUGGAUCAUCAACAAAUGCAUCCACAUCAUCAGACACAAGCGCAACAGCAACACGUGCUGGUGGCACACCAGCUGCAGCAACAUGAUCCGCAACAGCAGCAACAACAACAGGAGCACAUUGCGCGCACGUUCGCGGUCGCCGUGGAGAAGGGUGUAAGUGUGCCGGCACAGUACACCAGCGUCAUUGUUGACCCCCAUCAUCACUAUAUACCCAACGAUUUCGUGCAUUAGCAUAUGCUAGCUGGUGCGAUCCGGAGGAUCGGUAGCAUUAAAGCAUAAGCUGUGCUCUUGUUGUGGGCGACAUUUGGUCGUCGCGUCGUUGCGGCCUCUAUUUGGGUCGCAGCGCAUUGUUGUUGUUUAGUGUAAUAGUUUUAAUUACUAAUUAAAUCGGACUGAGUCGCAAAGAAAUAAUAUUUAAUAUCAGUAUAUAUGUACAUAUAUACAUGCAACAUUGUUGUAUUUGUACGACACUUGCCGACACUGUUGCCUGAGUUUCUUGUUUAGCGGUAAUACGAGCAUACGUACAUAUGUAUGCCUAAGUACGUUAGAGGUUAGAAAAAGCCGCUCGAUAAUUUUUAUUCGAAAAUAUUGCGACCAUUUUUUUUUGUUUAUGUUGUUAAAAAAUAAUUUCAAUUUAAUAGACAAAACAUCUACACCACUGUUACGUAUUGAACUUAUGGUCUUUAUUAAGUGAAACUAUAUUCGAUUCGACAGU